AUGUCAGACACAAAUAUGACUAGCGAUGACGAUACAUCAUUAUUUGAUAUCGAUACACAACAAUUCUAUGCAUCACAGUUUUGGAUAUUUCUAUUCUUAAUUAUCCCAUCAAUGAUUUUUGCAUUAUUUGCUUUAUAUCAUCUCUUACGAGAUCGAGCUCUUCGUCAAGCUCUUCAUAAUCAUAUUAUAAUCAUUCUUCUUAUUAUUAAUCUAUUUUAUCAAAUGACAGAUGUGUAUUUGGUUAUUCACUAUUUUCGAUGCUAUCAAUCAUUUAUACCAUCCCCUACUUUUCGUUUGAUUUGGGGUUAUAUAGACUGGACAUUUUGUACUCUUCAAUAUUUCCUUUAUGCAUGGGUGACAAUUGAAAGACAUAUUCUUAUCUUUCAUGAUCAUUUGUUAUCUACCAAAAAGAAGCGACUUUUCAUUCAUUAUGUUCCUCCAGUUAUACUUACAAUCUACUGUCUGUUGUAUUAUGCAAUAGUAUUUUUUGUCCCACCAUGUGAAAAUACUUUCGAUAAUAUAACGACAAUAAGUUUGUAUCCUUGUGAAUUUUACAAUGCAACAUUUGGUACAUAUGAAAUAUUAGUUGACGGAAUAAUACCGUGUUUUACAAUUGUUAUAUCAAGUGUUGCUCUUCUGUUCCGUGCUGUAUGGCAACGAUAUCAUAUGCAUCGACAGAUUCAAUGGCGACAAUACCGAAAAAUGACACUUCAAGUGAUCAUUAUGUCAACAAUUUAUAUGAUUUUUCCGUUUCCUUAUAUGAUCAUAAACUUUCUUUAUCUUUGUGGUAUGCCACCUGAUAUUGGAGCUGAGUUUUUAUCACACGCUAUAUUUUUCCCCUAUUAUACGUUGUUUCUUUUUCCAAUAGUCUCUGUUGGUGCACUAUCAGAACUACGCGAAAAAUUGAAGAGUAUUAUACGAUUUCAUCGACAACGACACAUUGUCGGUCCGUUGAAAAACACAAAGGUACACAGGGUAGAUAAUCCUGACUUUGUUCGAUGA